GCACAGAAUUGGGAUUUUUCUUUUCACUUCUAAUGUGGUGAGAUGAGACUUAUUAAAGACAAUUGAGGAAUGUUAAUAAUAACUUUCAAAAUGAGGAUAUUUAUAGCUUUUGAAGGACUCUGUGAGCCUUUUGACAUUUCAUCAGAGAACACUGUGCAAGAUGUAAAACUGAUGAUAAAGGAUUAUUUUCAUGUUCCACUAUCUGAAGACAAGCAAUGCAGGAGAUACUUGGAGUUGAUAUAUGCAGGAGCAGUGCUAAAGGACAACUGGGUACUUGCUGAUGUAGGCAUUACAGUUUCUUCCACAAUUAAAUGUGUCAUCAAGGAAGAAGACAAGCCAAUUUUCUAUGUAUACAAUGCCAUCACUCAUGAAAAAUUGCCCAUAAUGGGAAGGAUUUAUCUUCUUUCAUCAAAGGUUUCACAGCUGAAAACUUUAGUGACCUUGAAAUGUGGUUUCCCAAGUAGCAUUUAUUGUCUCAGGACUCCAGAGGGCAGGGUGAUGUAUGACUGCAAUACCCUGAACGAUUAUCAGUUAGAUAUAGGCACAACUCUUCGUUUGGAUGUUUGGAAUGGAUGGAGAGAAUUCCUGACUAGCUGUGUCUUAGGAAACAAACCAAAGAUCCAGUACUAUCUGUCAAAGGAAGAACCAAUACUCAGAUAUCAAAAGAGGGUAGCUCUUUACAUAGCAGCCUUUUUUGGACACCUUCAGGUUUCAGUUUGGCUCCUGAAAAAGGGAGUAAAGCCCACUGAAACAGUUGGUGUACAUCCUUAUCGUGAAUGGUGCCAGGAAGACAAUCAUCCCGACAUCAUGAAAUGUCCUGUUCAUGCAGCUGCAGAAGCAGGCCAACUUAUGAUACUGAAAGCAUUUGUUAAUUACAGUGCCUUAUCCCUUGAAUGUCAAAAUUCUGCAGGGCAAACUCCACUGCAGUUAUGUAUCCAGCACAGACAUAAGGAUUGUGUAUUAUAUUUAGUCACCAAGUUAUGGUCAGUGGUUUCUUAUCCUGCAUUCUCUCUGCCCAUGAAAAUCUACAUUAAGUUAAAGUUGUGGCUUCUUAAAUCUCAAAGUAACCCCCAUUCAACUAAAAAGUGCAACCAUGCAGCAGUCUUCAGAACACGAGUUGGGGAUGUUGUCUUUGUGGAUGGUUUCACAAAACCAGAAAUGACCUCCAGAGGUUUUUGCUCAGCCGUAGUCAAACAUGCAAGCAGCAGAGGCUGCACACUGCCAGAUUUAAGUAAUCAGUUUCAACAUGGGCAAUCUCUGUGCCAUUUGACAAUUUCUGGUAUGUACCUCAAAAGGACAAAUGUUAAAUUACCUCCAGUGGCAGGUGCAAAGAAGAGAGGUAACAAAGACAGACAUUGGCAAAAAAGGAACCCUGGAAAGAAGAACACACAGCUUAGUAGUGAAGAAUACAUGGACCAAAAUAUGUGUUUAGCAAGAGUUCCUCUACCUUCUAAUUCUGUCCUCAAGCCAGCUUAUUAUUAUUCCAUACCCAAUGUAGAGUUUUUGCUAAAUCCUUCUCUGGAGUCAUUUUCAGAAUACUGUGGAAGAACUCCAAGAGAGAAUGCAAUCUACUGCUUAGCCAUAGCCAGUGCUUUUAAAGAGAAACCUUGGCUGCAGCAAUUGGACAUUGCAAGAACCCUAGCUAGAAAAACUAUUCGUAAACCUAAUACUAACUAGACUCAGAUGAAAUAACCCACAUACUAGCUAGACUCACAAAAAAAGUUUGUGGAAACAAUCCAUCCUGGCAAGCAAAGUUGCAGUGAGCUAUCUUAAUACAUUUUACUGAGGAUCCUGAAAUCUUCCCUUUUCCACUCCUUACCAUUGAAAUGCCAUUCACAUUCCAAAAGGAUUAAGAAUAACAAAUGGAUUUAUGUAAAUAUCAAAAGGUAAUAUGUAAUUUUUGACAUUUUGGAGGACUCCUACUGGGGACACUUUAAACAGAAACAUUUCUAGGCAAUCAGCAUACUAAUUUUUCUGAAGCUCCAUCUGAGGAGAUGGGUCUGAAACGGAGUAAUUUUCAGACAGAAUUGACAGUGGGACUUUUUAUACUGUCUCCCUCUCCUUGCCCAACCUGAGGAUUGAGGCCUUGAGGGAGAUUGUGGUGGGUAAGGUAAGUUAGUAUUCAGAGGAAUCCUCUGAACACUAAGGGGUGAUCUUAGCUUAUACAUUAUGUGGAUGAAAAUAUUUUGCAUAUCAAAAAGUAUUGUCAUCUUUGGAGGAGUGGACUCUCUUGCCGUAAUUUGAAAAGAAGACUGAAUUAUUGUCUGAAUUCUACAAUAAUGCCAUUCCCAA